GCUGCGUAGCUGUGGAGGGAGCGGCCGCACGAGCCGAGGCGCCGCUGCAGCGGGAGCGUCCGGGAGGCGCUGCGGCCGCGCUGGCGGCGGGGAGGGGAGAUGCGCGGGUCUCGCUCGAAGGGCCCUCCGAGUCAGAACUCUUGCUGUGAAGAGGAGGCAGGAGCCGAGGGUUACAUGAAGAAUGUCACAGAUGAUGUGGGAAGAUUGAUAUGAAUAAAUAACCUAGCCUGAGGAAGAAGUAAAAGGGAGACCCACUUUCAGCAGCUGCCCUAAUGUUAAGGGACUUUCUCCUGCCCAUCAUGGAAGCAGAUGGCUGGGAAUGGCUAGCAGCUCCAGUUCAGCAGUUGAUAUCCUGGGGCGCAUCGGCAGCCAUGGUGUUUGGAGGUGUGGUACCCUACAUCCCCCAAUAUCGGGAUAUUAAAAGGACACAAAAUGCCGAGGGCUUCUCAACUUACGUGUGUUUAGUAUUGCUAGUUGCAAACAUUUUAAGGAUACUUUUUUGGUUUGGGAGGCACUUUGAGUCCCCCCUAUUGUUGCAGAGCAUUAUAAUGAUAAUUACAAUGCUACUGAUGCUGAAAUUGUGCACUGAAGUACGUGUGACAAAUGAGCUGAAUAUAAAACGCCGGUCCUUCUCAGCUGCAGAUAGUAAGGAUGAAGAAAUCAAAACACCUCCAAAGAGAUCCUUUCUGGAUUUUGACUUGAUCUAUUUCUGGCACUGGAGCAAGUUUACAGAUUAUGUGCAGUGUGUUCUGGCUUUCACUGGAGUAACGGGAUACAUCACUUACCUUUCUCUUGACUCGAUUAUCUUUGUUGAAACAUUGGGCUUCCUUGCUGUGUUCACCGAAGCCAUGCUGGGCAUCCCGCAGCUCUACCGUAACUAUCAGAAUAGGUCAACUGAAGGAAUGAGUGUAAAGAUGGUGCUGAUGUGGACCAGCGGUGACACUUUCAAGACCGUGUACUUCCUUCUCAACCAAGCUCCUUUCCAGUUCUCCAUUUGUGGACUUCUCCAGGUCUUUGUGGAUAUGGCCAUCCUGAUGCAGGUUUACUUCUUCAGCUGCUACCCCCAGAAGCCAGCUUCACAUCCAACACACCCAGCCAGUACAAAGGCACUUUAAAGCACAAGAUGGAGGCAGCUAUAAGUCAGCAGUGUUUGAAACCAGCCUCGUAGCAUCAACUCUUAAAUACUGCAUUUCUGAUGGGAUGAAAUAGAAGAAUCUUAUAUGGAAAGGAUAUCCUCUUUGGACAUGGAAAGGGUAUCCUCUUUGGCAUUAUUCCUAAUGAUUGACGUUCCUUGGGAUGCAUGCCCAUUGGAAUGGACUUUCCUCGUUGCGGCUCCAGUGUCCUUUUUUGUAUGUAUGUACAUAACUAUGAGUCUUAUUCACUUAUAUCUAAAUGUGUGUGCAUGUUACGUAUGCGCACAAGCAUACUCGCAAAGGCUGGAUAUUAGUGUUUUCAGUGCUAUUUAAAAAAGAAAAGUUUAGCCAUAAGAAUCAGAGACUAUUUUGUCUGAAACUUUUAUCUAUUUAUAUAAAAUAUGUAUAUGGAUAGUACUUUUGGAAUAUCUGUUAAGUAUUUAGGAUACAACUGUUAAAGGAAAUGUAUUAAUCAAAAGUGCACAUGCAAAAUUGGUUUUAAAAAUGGUGGGUGUAGUUGAUCAAAGAUGGCUGGGGUGGGGAGGGACUGGAGCUAUUUUAUCGGGUGUAACUAUGUUGAUAAGCACAUAUACAUGUACACUGCAGGACCAGUGUGAGGACGACAUAAUUCACAGAAGUUAGUUGUGGUGCGAGGUGAAAUGGAAAGUACAAAUUAUUCAUUAACUUGGUGAUGUAAAGAAUUAGGGAAGGAAAACAUCAAACACUUGGUAGUAGUCUUGUUUCAGAAACAGCGGCUGUCAUUAGAGGGUUGAGGGAGAAAUGCCUAGCAGAUAGCAGCAUUGCUAAAAGAAGAGUUUAUUACAGGAACUGUGUGAAAGUGAUGAAGCGGGAAAGAAACACAAUUUGUAGCUUAGGCCUUUUAUACACUCCUUGUGCCAAUAUAUUUAUAUCAGCUCAAAAACAGUGAAGUUAUAUCUACAACUCCUCAGUAUAGGCACAGUGAAAUGUUUCAUAAUAUGGAGGCAUCACUGUUGUUAUAAGUGCAUCUUAAACUAGGGAAAACUGUCCGUUUUUCUUCUCUGUUCUGAGAAAGAGAAAGUAGAGAAGAAUAGAAGGCAGCCAUUCUGAGGAGUCCGUGUGUACAGCAGGCCUCUUUUUUUCCUAAAAAGAAAGCUAAAGCUUGACAUUUCUCUUACUUAAUGCCAAAUCAGGCCAUUUUGUGUUCUGUGAACAAAAUCUUUGCAGUAGUCAAUUACUAGAGAGGAAAAUGACAUAACUGCAUAUCUGUGCCCUUUAACGUUGCCUAAUUUGAGGGAGAACUGAGCAAUCCUUGAGGAGGUGAGAGUGAAAAAGCAGCAGGGAACUGCAUAUGAUUUGCAUGUGGUGCCUAAAGGGAACAGGGAGGGUGUGUAUGUAUAAAGCAUGCUUGUCAAUUUCAGACUUCUGCAUAUAUUUUCCUGCAAAUUUGGACUUGAAAACUCAAAAACUGAAAAGCCUGAAGUGUUUCAUUUUGGAGCUCUUUGGCCAGUUGCCAAGAGGAGCUUGCUUUGACCUUGUGAGAUUUGAGGUGACUGUGCAGUCGUGUUCCACUUCAGAAGCUGUUCCAUCUUCUUAAAGAAAUCUGUGGUAGGCUAGAAAUGUAUAUUUUUCACUGUCAUAGAAAUUCUGUUACAGGAUAGCAAUUUAGGUCAGCAAUAGAUAACUGUUAAAUGGUUGCUUUUAACUGGUCCAAAGGAUAUUUUGCUUUGUGCACCAGCAAUUCUGAUUUACAAAAAACAGAACUGUCCCAGCUGGACCUCUUCCCUGCUUGAUGCAUUUGGCUGUGCCAAAUUCCUCUCUCUGCCAAAGAGACAGAAAAAUUUCAUUGCCGCAAUGCAAUGAAAACCUAUCAGGAGUUUUUGUUCUGUUUUGAAGGAAUUAUUUGCCUUUUGCACUUAAUACAUCUGCUUUCCAAAUGUUUCAUCUGUCAAGUACAGGAAAACUGUGCUCUGGCUGGGCUUCCUCUUCUACAAGUGAAAUCCUCCAUGUCUAAGGGACAAAUUUUGCCUGUAUGGCAGCUUGGUAAACAGGUGAUCAGCCUGUCUUAAAGACAGGCCUUCUCUCCCACUGCAGCGGCAAGUAGUGGUUCUGUCCCUGCCUGUUACUGGCAAAUAAACCAAAUCUCAGGAAAGCUGCUUUAUUGAGAGCUUGGUAUGAUGCAUUAUGGUUGACUUUUGACUUUGUACUCUUGGUUGGCUCCUGUGCUUAUUUCCUUAUGCCUGAAGUGACCUUACCAAGCUGAUGUUGUGCGGCAUGGCAGAAUAUGAAUGUUCCGUAGCUCUCCUUUUCACAAAUGUUCUGGCUGUAGGAACAUCUGGGCAUUUGUCUUCUAAAUUUUAAGUUUCCACCAUGAUUCUGUUUCCCUGGUAUGCUGCUGCAAUGAGGAUUGUAUUUCUACAAUAUUUCUUAUAAUAACUUGCAAUGCUGGGCUUAAUUUUUUUAUGAGAUGGCCUCCCCACAUUGUUCUUAAAAGCGGGGAUGGGAAAUUAAGCUUGCGUGUGUGUGUGUUCGUGUGUGUUUGCUUAGCCUGUGGAAGUGCAUAUCUCUGAUGACUCUAAAAAAAGUAUUAUUCAAGGCAAAAUUAAUAGUAUUCCCUCCUACCCUUUCUCUUCUUUCUUUUGGAAUGUUGUGUACAGGUUGUUAUAUGCUGUUGAUGCCCCAGAAUGCAAGCUCUAUGGAUACAUUUCCUUCACAGAACUGCAGAUACCAGAUGAAAAAACAGUAGAUUUGUGACGAAAGAUACAUUUUGUGUGUGGCAUUUAAGAAGAUGGGCCGUGGGGCUGUGACUUAUUCAAUUUUACAAUGCAAGAUAUGUAGAGGAAUCAAAUACCUCCUUAAAGACAUAUGCCAUUGACCACAUCUUGACCAACAUCAUUCAACUCCAGUGAGAUCACCGCUAUCUAAGGUGCCCUUUAGAUGUUUGCAAAGUCAGGUGGGCAGUUUCUUACCCUUUCUUGUACAACUGAAUGUUUAAAUAACCCCUGACUGUUGGGGCCUUUCUCACAGAGUUGGCAUCCCCGUGAAGUGUUGAUUCAUCAGGAAAGACCCCAUGCAGUCCCUGCCUGUUUAAAUGUUCUCCCAGCCAUGAAGAGCUGGCCUUGGAUAAGUGGCUCCUGUGUUGCUAGAACAUCUAAAGGGCACCUCAGUGGCUAGAGAAUGCAUCCUUUGUAAAGUUACAAUUUUUAAUGUGUAAAAGAAAUCUGUGUUGUUAUCACUGCAGUUUAGAUGUUAGUAAAUUUAAAUGCAUCUCUGUUGAAUGUAUGGUAUAUUUUGAGGACAGUCACACACUGUUUAUCAGUUACAAUGAUUUUUUUAAAAAAUAAACCAAUCAGUUAUGCACACCUUCAA